CUCGCAUCUCUUUCUUGCUUUCUCACAGACAAUCCGCUGCCUCUUACAUACAUAAGCAGCUACUGAAAAUGACUCUGAGAAGCGCCGGCCGUCGACCCUGGAAAAAGGUGUUCCAAAUGGGUAUUGUCUCGCUCUUCCGCUCACCCUUUAACCCCUCUAAAUGCAAAACAAUGGCGAAAAUGGCGGUUGCGAGAGUGAAAUUGCUGAGGAACAAGAGAGAGGUGGUGAUUAGACAGAUGAGGCGUGACAUUGCUAUGCUUCUCGAAUCUCGUCAAGAUGCCACUGCUCGCAUUCGAAUUGAACAUGUGAUAAGAGAACAGAAUAUUAUGGCUGCAAAUGAGUUGAUUGAAAUUUUCUGUGAGCUAGUUGUGGCCAGACUCUCUAUCAUUGCAAAGCAAAGGGAAUGUCCUGCAGACCUUAAAGAAGGUAUAUCGAGUUUGAUAUUUGCUGCUCCUCGAUGCUCAGAUAUCCCAGAGCUGUUGUCUAUUCGUGACGUUUUUCAGAAGAAAUAUGGAAAGGAUUUUGUUUCUGCUGCAACCGAUUUACGACCGAAUGCUGGCGUAAAUCGCAUGCUUAUUGAGAAGCUCUCUGUGAAGACUCCAUCUGGUGAAAUAAAAAUGAAAGUUUUGAAGGAAAUAGCCAAGGAAUUCCAGGUUGAGUGGGAUACAGCAGAAUCUGAGGAGGAGCUACUGAAGCCACCUGAAGAGCGUAUUGAAGGACCAGAAAAGUUUUUAAGUGCAGCAAGCAUGCCUUUGAAACCAGGCCAACAGCAAUAUUCUGAGCCUAUGAACUUACCAGACAAAGGAAGAACACUCACUUUACAUGUUCUUCCAACCUUGUCAUUCUCUUUGGCUGCAUUGUUGAAGUACAGAGGAGAAAAAAAUAGCAAUAUUAAUAGUGUGAUGAAUUUUGGAGAGCUUGCAUCGGCUGCUGAGAAAGCCCUUCAGGCAGCAGCAGCACUAGCAGCAGCCGCUUCUAACCCAUCAUCAUCAUCAUCUGUCAUCAACUAUAAUAAUAAGAAUAAUAAUAAUAAUAAUAACAAUGAUGAUGAUGAUGAUGAUGAUGAUGAGAGAGUGAGAAGGAAGAAGAUGAUGUUGAGAAGGCGGCAGAGCUAUGAUAUCAAAUUUGAUGAAUCAGAUUGCGAUGAAGAGAUGGAAAUGGAGGAACCACCGAAAAUCGUGAGAAGACAUAGCUACAACAACUAUGUAGCACCAGAAAAAUCGGAAGAGAAUGAUGAUGAUGAUGGUAUGAAUCGACCGCCAAACCGCCCGGCCCCACAAAUUCCAACCAGGCGCGUGCAUCCUAAGCUGCCCGACUAUGAUGCACUCACUGCCCGUUUUGAAGCUCUUAAGCAUGGCAAUGGACACAAAUAG